AUGCCAUCUGAACUCUCAAUAGCUCUUGAGCAAUCGGUGUACAACGAAACUGUAACCACCACUCCUCCAUACUCCGAAAUGACUUCUGCUGCUUCAGCAGGUCCGACCAAGCUGGAAUGUCAUCCAAAUGACAACCCCCUUCCAUCAGAAGGUGAAUCGUCAACAGUGGAGAAGGAGCACCAUGCGCCUAUCAAUACAGAUCAUGAACACCCUGUGUCCUUCUUGCCUUUAGCUGGAUUAUCAGAUGGAAUCCCUGGAGGUGAUGGAGGAUUCUUUAUCGAAGACAACAAAGAUGACGUGGAUGAUGGCAAUGAUCAGGAUGCUGAGAACGGUGGAUUGCAGCAGCAAGAUGAUGCAAGUGGUGAAACAGAUUUGCUCUCAAAGUCACCAUCGUCCACUGCGGCGAGCUUUCCAUCUCGGUCCAUAUUGAAAGCAGAAGUUCAUGAAGAGAUCCCUAUACGAACCAACCAGAAUAGAUGGAAACAGCUCCCGGCUCCCGACAUGGAAUAUGUCAAGAUGAAAAGAAUCGAGUCGCUGAAUUCCAUAGCAUCACGCAAUUCUGCACCUGACCUAGCAUUAUUGAACGCUGAGCCAAAAUCUCCAGAGUCGCCCAAGUCACCCAAACCCCCUUCGUCAUCCCCAGCCAUGAGGAAAUCUGAUUCCAAAGUCACAUUUCAGCAUAUUACUGUUCGGGAAUAUGACCAAACAAUCGGAGAUAAUCCAAGUGUCGGAUACGGGGCGCCCAUCUCCUUGGAUUGGCAUUACCAGGAAGACGAACCCUUGCAUGUGGACUUGUACGAAUCGAACCGGGGUGGACGACGCAACAUGGAGCAAAUGCACAUCAAUCACAAUCAACGCAAAGCCAUUUUCACGCGGAAUUAUGGUUUUUCCGAAUCGGAAGUCAAGGCAGCCCAGAAAGCCACCGACAAGGUCAAAUCCCAGCGAGAAUUUUCCAGAUUUGUGCAUAUGAGCAUGCCUUCCUUGAUAGCGGUGGAAGAAGUGAGAGAGUCGGCCGUUCGAAAAUUCAAACGGUACCGAGCAAAAAAGAAGACUGCUGAAUGCAAUCCAAGAGAACAAGCUGCCACGACGAAAGGAAAAAAGAGCACGAAAGGCGACGUUGUCGAGGCAUCCAUGACACGGGUACAAAGCGCUCCACGCCUGCAGUAG